CAUGUGGUGUCAUAGGGUCGAUACCCGGCACUGGGCGUAUGUACUGCGAAAUAAAUAACACAGCACAAGUUAGACAUGAUGAUUUCACUUUAUAAGCUUUUUCAUGCGCCCAUAGAGCACUCUUUCAAGCCACACAAGGACGAGAACAGUCAAGCGAAAGAAAUAUCCACGUAGAACAUCCGCAUUCUCAAGGACAAUUCAAAGGAGAAGACUAUCAUCGCCAGCGUAAUCCUCUCAACCUUCGCGCUUCUAGGGCUCUGACUGUUGAGCCGUUUAGUACAGAAUACAGCUUCUUACACUUCAUUCCUCCAUCAACAAACUACGGGUGCCAGGUACAGUAUACUUUGCACAGCGUUCUGUUAAUUUAAACCAUUCUCAAGCUGUUUUUUUGCCUUUACAGUAACAGGUGCUUGUAGUGUUCAAUUUAAAUUUCAAUAUGCCUAAUUGCACGUACCUACGCAUAUGCGCCAUUCGUAAUGCCGAGUUUAGACCUCGAACUUUGUUAAAGAAAUUUUUGUGCCCAAUUUUUGGUUGUUAAGGUCUAAUCUUGCAAUACGUUUUUUUUUUCUUUCCAUAAACGCAAAAACGAGAGUUCAUAAUUUGCUAUACAACGGAUAACCACAGUUAUCUAGCCAAGCUUUAAUUCAGUUCCGUUGUUUCGUUAUUCCUAAAGGAAGUAAUUUAAAUGUAUCGGCCGUCACUUUCGUAUUUUGGAUGCAUGAAAAAUAGAGAAAGAAGAAAUAAAGCACACCUUGCCAGUUAUCUUACAAGGCCUUGAAGAGCGAAUUUAUUGGAAAAUCUCCGAAGAAAAUGCGAUAAUCCGUAAAUUUCAAAACAGGUGUCGUCUUUCUUGUGCAUGUGCCCAAGAAUUAUACGUGCAAUAAUCUUCCCUUAUUCAGAAGACAAAAAGAUUUUCUUUAGCUUUUGCUAAAAAUGUUUGUUUAUUUCAGAAUAAACUGAAGCAAAGCUACUUCCCCUGAACCAAAGCCUCAAGUAGGUUGCCAUGGGAACAACAAUGAGCUCCGUAGGCUUGGCCAAUAAACCACCCGCAUUGCCACCUGUUAAACAAAAUAAUAACACGGUUUGUAAAUUAGUAUUAUUUUCAUUAACUUAUUCAGAUUUGAAUCGUUUUUAUUUUAUUUACCAGCACUGAAUACCUUAUUGCUAUUCAUAAGUAAAAGUGAUGCUUCAAAGACACUAACAAUUCCGCAAGCCUUCAGGAGGCAAUGUCUAUAUGAGAUAUUUCGAGUCACCGUCGCCUAUUUUUAGGAAAUUUCGGGUUGGGUUCAGCUAUCAAAGAAUCCAUGUAAUGAUUACCCUAAGCUACGAUCAGGCGUUCUUUUUAAUUUCACUCUUUUUUUCGGGAAACAGCGAUGGGCAAGGGAAGAGAAAUCUCAAUUUUGUUAAGCGCACUUUGCAGUGGAUAUCUUGGGGUAUAAACAAGCAAGCGCAAGGGGUGGCAAAACAAGUUUGACCGAUCAUAUAUAGCUCAGUCUGAAUCCACCAUUGAUCACGUGAUUAGUUUAACACACAGUACAGCUUAUUCUAUACUCCUGACACCAGGCUCUGCUGUGGGGAAAAAUUGGUGAAAAACUGAGGGAAACGGCAUAAAACUUUGGCGAGGGAAGCGGGGCGAGCGGUAGACUGGGGAGGGGGAGAGGGCAGUGGCUCACUCCCCAAUUUUUUUUUUUAUUAUUUUAUUUUUUUCACCUUUUAUCCCAACUGCGCAGCCUGGUCCCAGGCUACUCAUUAUUCUGAAUCUGCCCAAGAUCACGUGAUAGUCUUAAAAACUCGACUAUCUAGGCGGUCACUUUUAUUUUUAUUAUCAUUUUUUCAUUUUCACCACUCUCUUCUCGGAUCCGGUUUUUACGAAAGUAAAAAACGUUUUUAAAAAAAUUAAAAGAAAGGAAUUAUAGUAAUACUUUUUCCAUGAAACUAACCAAAGAGAAAGAAUAGGGGCAGUGUAACUUAUUUCAUUUUUACCUACUGUAAUAGAACUAAUCAUCAACUUAGAAGCUGUUGACCGACAAUUGAUGAUAAUAAGCAAUACAUGAACUAUACUAACAUUGAUUAAUUAGGCUCUAUAUUAUUUUUAACCUUUUUAUUAAUAUUUUUAAUUCGCCUGGUUUCUUUAAACUUUUGAUAUUUUUCAAAGCUGAACAUUGUUUUCCUGUCUUGAAUUGUUUGUUAAUGCUUGUUCUGUAGUUUUCAUGUGUUUCAGCUUUUCUGUCUGUGUUCACUCUGUAACUGACUGACAGAACCCUGACAGCAGAAGAAAACAGCAACAGUUUAACAGUAUGGACUGUUUUUACAAGUGUGUUGUAACGUACUUAUGUCUGUCUGUGUCUAUUUUGUUGGUUAUGUAAAUCUUUUGAAAAGGUAAGUUCGCUAUUAUAAUUUCAAUACGGAGGACUUGCAAACCCGAUGAUUUUAAGCCCAAUAUAGAAGACAUAGACCUACUAAAGCAUGCAGGCCUGCCAGUAAUACAUACUAUAAAAGAUAGUCACGAGAAAGUGUCCCUUAUGGGAUAAAAAGCUUCCAAAACACACACUCAAUUCUCUAUUUUCGAAUACCCCAUAAUGCACUCUGUUCUCACUCCAGUUGUUUGCAUAAUUAAACGCAGUAUUGUUUCCAAAAGCUUCAGAGAGGACUGAAUACUUCCGAAGAGCAUUAAUUUGAAACAACAACCUAAAAAGCAAAAUGUAUCGGGGGUCAAACAGAGUGUAUUAUGGGGGACUUGAAAAUAGUAAAUUUGCUGUCUUUACAGAUGGCAAAUAAUAUCUCACGUAGAAAACUACGGUAGUAAGUUCAAUCAAAGAUAUGCCUCGAUAUUUCGUUUUUUCCAGGUACAGGUGACGGUUCACUCUCCACCAGAUUAUAAGUUCGAGCAUUUUACCAAACUCUGCCAGCAUUAUCAAGAACAGAAGAAAAUUUUGCAGGUACUGUAAUAACAGAUUUCUUAAUAACCGAACAAAUAUAGAUAUUGACUUGUUUCUUCUUUAAAUUUACUAUAUAUUUUUUAUCUCUUUUCUCUCUUUCCGUUUCUUUUCUGAGAGCGCUGACGGUUUAUUUACUGAAAUUGUAUCUACGCGCUCAGAAUAAGGAUGCUAACAAUCACGUAACCGUGUCAGCUAUGAUGCCAAGCACGAACCAAAAUUCUAUAAACUACGUACGUAGCCAAGCAAACUGCCAGCUACGCAGGCUAUAGCCUGCGAACCGCAGACGUAGUUCCGGACGUCCCUUCUCUUCCUCCGGGUGGAGAGAAACGACGACCGGAAAUACGUCUGCGGUUCGCAAGCCACGCAGGCUACAGUUUCAUCAUACUCAGCGGCCUUGUGAAAGAAAGGCCUCUAAUUAAGGGAAGCCACACCUUAAAAUUACUUGAAAAACCACGUUUCAUCACAACGUAUUGCUGACAGAGGGCCUGAUUGGCGAAUCCGUCUUUCAAAGUCGUGUCCUAACUAUUGCCUGAUAACAAUAGUUUCAGUUAUCUAGGAUUGCCAAAUUUUAAAACCUAACCCUGAAACGCUUAAAAUGUGCCUUCUGGCGGGUUUGAGACGGGUGGAGGAGGGGUUAUUAAUAAAGAUUCUUCAGCUUAGUGACCCUGAGCAGAUCAAAUGCUUUUAAAGCAAUGAAUAUGUAAAGGUGUCAAUAAUAUUUACAAAAGGUUCAAAUCCGGACAGAGGUACAUAACUGGCAAAAAGUGGCGAAGAACGGAGAUGAAGGUACAGAGUGUAGGGAGAAGAUUCUUGGUUUACUCAGCAAGUUUCGCGACGCACAGAGUCAACAAGAUAUACUGAUCGAAAAAGAAAAACUUCGCUUGGAUGCAUUCCGAAACUGUAUCAAUGAGGACACGACGAACCGGAUAAAAAAGCGAUUGACCUUCUUUCAAAAAUUGAACAGACAACACGAGGCUCUGCUGGAACACGUGCGGCAAGACAUUCAGGAAUGUAGAACAAUUUGCAAGAAGUUUAACGACUCAAGUGGAAGGUGUGUGGCAUCUAAAAAUUGAAGGCCUUGCCAACAAAAUUAAAAGCUAGUAAAAUUACUUUAAACCCUACUAUUAUCUUUUGAACCGCCUGAAACCACCCAUGCGGAUCCUAGUGACUCCUACCACCCGUGACAUCAUCAUUUUUUUAAACUGUCUAACCAUACCCGAAUGAGCACCCUUCGAAUUCAGUCAAAUAGACUGAAGAAAAACGCAUAAAUUUCCUGUAAUAGUCUUUGACUUAUAUCGACGACAUGACCGGGGGGGAUUUUGCUUUCUGCGCAUGUCCGAACUUCUGAAGCUGUAAGUUAAAGGCAUCGGGAAGAGAAGAUAGCGUUUUUCUCGACUUAUAAACAACGUUUUGGGCAGCCGUGGCUUUUUGUUUUGGCCAGAUGUGAACGGAGAACAGCUCAACUAGCUUCAAAAGGCGUUUUUUUUGGCGAAAUAUCCUGGGGCGAAUGGGUUAAUAUCCAACGCGGUGAAUAACACCUACAAUAGAAGUUACUCGGACUAGUGCACAUAACCGAGAGCAAGGCUCGUGCGCUACAGACUGUCCUUUUGCUUCAGCGCGUGCACCCUAGUAAAUCAGCCCUAGAAGGAAUGUAUAAGUGGACAAACAUAACCUAUUCACAAAGUUAUUGAAGAAAAUUAAUUUAAAGCGGCAUGCUAAACUAUCAGGCCAUAAGUUAAGAGUAUUUGUUAGCCUGGAUUUAAAAUCGUAUGCUUUCAUUUCUUUAAAGAUCAAAAGGUUUUGAGACUUGGAUUAAAUGUCCUGCAAGUCCAGCAUAUGACUAUGGAAGCAUUGGAAGUUUAUAAGGUAACGUGUUUUAACUCAUGUCGCCCCGUAUAAGGUAAUUAGGAUUCCGGAAUACGAGACAUUUUUACUUUUGGAAUCUGGAAUCCUGGAUUCAGUUCAAGGAAUUCGGGUCCCGCUAACGAUUGGAAUCCGGAAAUCAAGUUCCAAUUACAAGGAAUCCCGUAUCCACAACGUGGAAUCCAAAAUCCAAGACUGUCUUGGACUCAUAUGGGGUAACCUGUAUCAAGCUGUCGCAUUUUUUGUACCGCAUAAAAAAUCACACCGUGAACCGCACAUCGGCGCUUACAGCUCUGAGCUACCAUCAGCAUGCCAGUGUGUUGUAAGGUGUGCAACUAGUUUCUGCAUGACAUCUUCAACGGUUCAGAAAGAUUACUUACAUUUCGUAUUAUAUCGGCAUGCUUGUGGUAUUUUAAACACAAAUUUUUGCGGAUAAAUAAAGACAGUUCAUAAAGCUUGUUCUUAGCACAUGAAUGGAACGGGAAGGGAAAUGUUGAUCCCGACUGGAGCGCGAAAGAGCGGAUUCGCUUAGCACCCUGCUAGAUUCCAAGAGAGUUUUCAUUGUUCACCAUACAUUUGCUAACGACGUUGCCCGUCCUACAAUAGCUGAUAGGGACCUAAAGAUCCGACGACGGCGACGGCAACGAGGACGUCAAAAAAGCAAUAGGUUUAAUAACCAAAACAACAAUUUUUCACCCGCAUCACGCUUAUCUGUACAUUUCUUUGCCGUCACUGCACGACUACGACGUGAAAAUGCUUAAUUUAACACUCUUUACAGAGGAAGUCCACAAGCGACGACGAAAUUUCCUCUCUAUUUCUGAACUUGGAUAUGGUUCUUAGGAAUUCAAUUUUAGGAGGGUCAUCUACAUUUAACAAAGUUUGUGACUUGGAGUAAUCACUAUGAAGAUUGAAAGAACGCGAAUUCACUUUUUCAGCGACGUUUUCGCUGCCGUCGCCGUCUUCAGAUCUUAAGGUCCCUAAUGGCGAAAAAAAUCGACAUGUUGAUUUGAAUUCAUUGUAUGUCCUGGUGUUGCUACAUAAAUUAAGGCGUUUUAUCUAACUCAGUCUAAUUUUCCUUUUAGGUACAAAAAGUGAACCUCCGCUCCAGUAAUCCAUUCCUGAAGAUGAAAAGAGAAAGGUUUCAAACAUUUUUUAAGGCACAAGAAGUGCAGGACCUAUCAACUACCCUAAACUCAGUUAGAGCAAAAUGUCUUCAGCUCUAUCCCCGAAAUAACCAUAAGAUCACUGCUGAAUUUGAAGCACAAAGCAGAGGGCGAUCUUAUAAAAGAAAGGGGGGUUAUCAUGUUGAAUGUUUAUUUAAUCAGCCAUAACGAAGACUUUCAUUGAAACUAAGUAUCCAAACGCGAUUAAGUGAAAAAGGUAGACGGAGAGAGU